UCUACAUAUAGCACACUCACACACACACAUAUAGAGAGAGAGAGAAAGGAGGAGAGAGAAAGAGAGGGCUUCCAUGGAGGAAGUUGUGGAAGCUCUUUUUUUUGGUGAGAGAGAAGCACAGGUUGCAGCUGCUAGGGCACUUAAUAAUCUAACGAGUAAGCAGAGACAAAAGUUUGCCGAAAGAGGCGUUAUUGCGCCGUUGGUUUCAAUGCUGCAUACACAAGAUUACGAAGCCAUUGAAGCUGCUCUGUUUGCUCUGCUUAGUCUAGCCUUUGGCAGUGACAGAAACAAGAUGAGUAUUGUAAAAUCUGGAGCUAUACCAGCAUUGUUAAAGCUUCUUCAACACCAAAACGAGGCAUUCAUGGACACUGCAAUAGCAGCCCUAUUGGUACUCUCCUCCUGUACGGCCAACAAGCUGUCAAUUGCAGCUUCUGGGGCCAUUCAAGUCCUAGUUGAAUUUCUCAAUAGAAGCUACAUUGAUGAGGAUAACAACAUAAGCAUGCAAGCCAAGCUUGACAUCAUAGCCACACUUCACCACCUCUCAACUUGCCGUCAGAUCAUCCCAUCAAUUGUUCUGUCACGUGCUGUGUUCUCUUUGCUUCCACUAAUCUACGGCUUUGAAAAAUCGUCUGAGUUGGUUGAGAAGGCAAUGGGACUCCUUGAAAAUAUUGUUUCUUCGUCGGAGAUUGCACUAAGAGAGACUGCUAGCACGAGUGGUGCAAUUCAGGCAUCUGUUGAGGCUGUUGAAGAGGGUUCGCCACUAUGCAAAGAGUAUGCAGUGGGGAUUUUGCUUCUCAUAUGCCAAAGCAGUAAAGAUAGAUACAGAGGGCUGAUUCUGAGUGAAGGUGCUAUUCCGGGACUGCUUCAGCUGAGCAUGGACGGAACACGCAGGGCUAAGGAAAUGGCCCGAGCUCUGCUACAGCUCCUGCGAGAUUGCCCCAGUCGCAAUUCAAGAAGUAGACAAAAAAAGAAUGUUCUUAUGGAGCAGGCCAUGGAACAAAUUGAUGCUGAAGAGAGAGGGGGGACAGUGUUUACCCUGGAGGAGAUGAUUUCAAAGUUCACCAUGCAGGUUCCAGUCUAGUUGAUGAGCUCUCUCUCUCUCUCUCUCUCAGGUUCACUCCAUGUCAGUGUGGAAAUGGUGAUUGUGUGUAUAUAUGUUUGUUCGUUUUUAGGUUUCUUUUUCUAAUCCUUAGGGUUUGAUUUUUUUUCUUUUUUUUCCCUUUUUGGUUGUUGUUGUUGUCAUCGUCCUCAUUGUAAAAAUUUGAAUGAAUGCAGAUGCUUGAUAUUCAACACCCUCACGGAAUCUUGAUGUUCCAAUUUUAUAAUUUCAUAUAUUUAUCCCAUGAGAGUGCAAUUUUCCCUUUAGCAGCGAAUGGACUGCAUAUCUAUACAAAAG